AUGAGAAAGGGACUUAAUAUGAACUAGUUCUCUGAUUGGGAAGUUGGUGAAGACUAUGAAUUGGUAAAGAUACUAGGCUCAGGAUCUUAUGGGCAAGUAGCCUCAGCCGUUUUCAAACCAAAUGGUAAGAAAGUUGCUAUCAAAAAGAUGGAUGGUGUGUUUGAUGACGAGGUUGAUUGCAAACGUAUUUUGAGAGAAGUCACUUUACUGAGAAGGCUAAAGCAUCCAUAUGUGGUUGAGCUGUUUGAUUUAAUUGAGCCUAAGGAUCACAGUAAUUUUGAUACUUUAUAUGUAGUCCUUGAAUUAGCUGAAAGUGAUUUGAAAAAAGUCAUUAAGUCCGCUAUCCAUUUGCAACUUAAGCAUAUUUAGCUAGUUGUAUAUAAUUUGUUUUGUGCUGUAAGAUAUCUUCACUCUGCAAAUGUACUCCAUAGAGAUUUAAAACCUGCAAAUAUCCUAGUUAAUGAAGAUUGUAGUGUUAAGAUUUGUGACUUUGGCCUGGCAAGAAGUAUUGCUGGAGUUGAGUCAGCAAGUCUUUUAUUAAAUGCUAGCAAAAGAUUCGUAAAUAAUGACGAUGAGGAGAUGAAGACAGAUGAUAACCACGAAGAUGUAUAAUUUAAGAAUGUAGAGCCUGCUUAGAUGCAUCAUUAAGAUUAAAGCAAUAAAUAACUUCAAGAAGAGAUAAAAUCAACAGCCGAACAAAGUGAAUAAGACAAAAGAAAAGAAAUGACUAAGAGAUUGAUAAAGACAAAAGAUCUUAGAAAGAACAUGAAAAGAGAAUUGACUGGUCAUGUAGUGACUAGAUGGUACAGAGCUCCUGAGCUAAUUUUGCUUGAGAAGGAAUAUGGCCCAGCUAUUGAUGUAUGGUCUGUUGGCUGCAUUUUCGCAGAGUUGCUAGGCAUGAUGAAGGAGAGCGCUCCAACCUAUCUCGACAGAAGACCUUUAUUCCCAGGCAAGUCAUGCUUCCCUUUGUCACCAGAAAAAAAUCCUAGUGCUGAGAAGUCAGGUUUUCCAUUCUCAACCAAUGAUCAAUUGGCUGUUAUCUUUGAGGUCAUCGGUUCACCUAACGAAGAAGAUAAGAGCUUUGUAACAGACUCAAAGGCAGUUGAAUAUUUAUAGGCUUUCCCUAAGAGAGAAAAAGUAGAUUUAUCCACAAUUUAUCCGGGAGCAGGGGAGGAGGCAAUUGAUUUAUUGCACAAGAUAUUGGUUUUCAAUCCUUACUUCAGAAUAUCAAUCGAUGACUGUUUAGAGCACACUUUCUUCAAAAAAUUGAGAAAGCCCGAAAAGGAGUAAACUUCCACUGAGAGCAUUGCCUUUGACUGGGAAAAAGAGCACUUGGACAAAGCAAAACUCAGAGCUUACUUCAUUGAUGAAAUUAUGCACUUUAAAGCAGCUAAGAACAUGCAAUGA